AAGUUUAUAAUUAAAAAAAAAUCAAAUCUCGAAAUGUUAUCCUAUCUAUAAUUGGUAUUGUGAUUUGGUAAUCAUUAAUGAAACCUUGAAGACUCAGUUGUACUUCCCUAGCGAGUGACGUGAGUGACGACAGCGCUGAAGCGGCCGAUAGUCGAACUAACUUCAGUAAUCUGCGAGCAACCAUACCGUAUGGGUUUGACGUAGUUUUUUCGCGAUCGGAUAGUAAAAUGGCUUGCAAUAUUAAGCCAUUGCACAAAAGCAAGCAUUUUCCGAUCGACCAGUUAGUAUGUGUUGGAAACUACGAGCUGGAAAAAACAAUAGGGACCGGAAAUUUUGCAGUUGUUAAACUCGCUACACAUGUUAUAACUAAAAGUAAGGUGGCAAUAAAAAUAAUAGACAAAUCGAGAUUAGACGAAGACAAUUUAAAAAAGACAUUCAGGGAAAUUGCAAUAAUGAAACGACUUCGGAAUCCACACAUAGUCAAAUUGUAUCAGGUGAUGGAGAGCACACAUACAUUAUACUUAGUGACAGAAUAUGCUCCGAACGGAGAGAUAUUUGAUCACCUAGUGUCGCGAGGCCGUAUGCCCGAGUCGGAAGCGGCGCGGGCCUUCGCUCAAAUGGUGGCCGCGGUCGGCUAUUGCCACGCGAACGGUGUGGUCCACCGGGAUUUAAAGGCGGAGAAUUUACUGCUGGAUAAGGAUAUGAAUAUUAAGUUAGCAGACUUUGGGUUUAGCAACGAGUACACAUCGGGUUCCCCGCUGUCGACGUGGUGUGGGAGCCCUCCGUACGCAGCGCCCGAGCUGUUUGAAGGCCGGCAGUACGAUGGACCGAAAGCUGAUAUUUGGUCACUGGGUGUGGUACUAUACGUAUUAGUCUGUGGUGCUCUACCGUUCGACGGUGGUACGCUGAGUGAACUGCGAAGCGUGGUCGUCAGCGGGAAGUUUAGGAUUCCUUAUUUUAUGUCACAAGAUUGCGAACACCUUAUCCGUCACAUGCUAGUGGUCGAUCCAGACAGGCGACUGACGCUUCGAGCGGUGGGCAGGCACAGGUGGCUUCGGACACAUUGUAACACUUUAAGCGCACAAACAUACGAGUUAUCAGAUGGCCAUUGCGCAUGUCACAUUGGAGUAAACGACACGUCGAGCGGGGCAAGUAGUGCGCUUGCGCAGAUGCUGACCUUACCGGGGCUGACACACGAGAUUAUACAGCAGUCAGUCGAAGAAGAGAGAUUCGACCACAUCUCGGCCAUUUACCAUCUUCUCGUGGACAAACAUACUCGAAAAGAAGAGACAGCACAAAUUGAUUCACUGGAAUCAAACUUAGGCCUGCCCUUGGAUCUCACGAGUUGUAAGAGUGAGGGUGACGGCGAGGAGAGUAUGGAAGCAGAGGAAACCUUGGCCUAUCUCACGGGAGAUGGAAACGAGGACGGACUCGAGAGGUUCGGCGAAGUGUCGAUCCCGAAAGAAGAGCCGCGUCAGCGAGUGACGGACUGUCACGCCACGAGACGCCACACCGUGGGGCCGGGCGAUUGCCGACACGCGCAACACGCGCAGGUCGGCGAACAGUCGUCGUUCGGAGCCGCCUCGGCCGAUCUCAGGCCGGCGCCACUUUGCGCAUCGACACACUUACACCGACAGGCGGCGGCCCGCGUGUCGCUCCUGCCCCACACGGACUUGGCGGGCAAACUGCCGGCCGUGCAGCACAGGCCUCCGCACCACUUCAGCGUUAAAGACCAACAGCUGCUGAAGCCGCCGCAGGCUAUGCUCCCCCACGCCUCGUCGUUCGGGCGACGCGCGUCGGACGGCGGGGCGCACGUCGGACGCGCACACUCGCACGCGGCGCCGCAUCACGUCUCCGACGGUGGCACGACAGAUCGGUUACAGCGGGGCGACCGGACGGACGAGCAGACUUCGGAUUCGCAGUACAACACCAAUCUGUGCAGGUACAUGUUGAACCGCGGGAGUAAUAAGCGCCACACGAUGGCCACGCCGGAAGACGCCGCCACGGUCUGCGCGUCCAGCGCCGCUAUGCAGGCGAGUUCUUCGCCGUCGUCGUCGGCGAACAUACGCGUCAGAAGGACCGGUCUACUGACGGUCACGGAGAGACCCCCCGUCAUAAGUCCGGAAUUAGUUAUGGAGGUCGAAGCGAGGAUGAAAAGGAACUACUUACCGCCGUCGAUUCAAGGACAAUACGGCCAGGGGUACUCCAGCCCCCCGCGCGCCAACCAGAGCCCGCCCGGUCAGGGGUCCAUCACCGCCGGAACGCCCAAUUAUAAAUACACGCCACCGAUACCGGGACAGUACAGUCAGGGCUACUCUAGUCCCCCGCACGCGAGCCAGAGUCCCCCAAGUCAGGGGUCGAUAACGGCCGGCACCCCCGGCUUCGGCAAAUCUAUGAAACCGGUUCUAGAAACGAUUCCGCAGGGGAGCAUCAUGGGGUCGAUCACGUCCGGGACACCUUCGCAGGCCGCGUCUCCGUUCACCCCGAGCGUGGGUCCAUUUUCACCCAACCAGGGUGCCAUAGUCUCCGGAACGCCGAUGAACGUCGAAUAUUCUAUUGCUAAUUUCAACUUUUCUAGCAAUAUUGGAUCCAUCACUAGCGGAACUCCGCACUUCAACGCGGCCGCGACGCCCAACUCAAAUGAUAAUAUGGAUAGUGAAUGUUACCCCGCAGAGAAGCAAAAUUAUAUCGCUUCGAUCAACGCCGGACCCGUGAAUAGCACGGGCUCCAGGACGAGCGGAACUCCCAAUCUUAACACGUCCAGCUUUUCCAACGGGGGCUCGGUUCCGGGCGGAGGCGACGGUUUCCCCGACGCGGGCUCCGUCGGCACUCCGAUGGGGUCUAUCACGAGCGGGACGCCGGUCAACACCAUUCUGUCGAGUGGCAACGCGAUACCGAGCGGUUCCAUAACGGCCGGCACCGCGUUCAACAGGCAACGAAAGUAUUCGGGACCCCAACGCGUUAAACUCCAAAUGUUGCCGACCGUACAGGAAAUGGCUCGCGAGCACUCGGAACGAUAUUCGCCAGUCAGGAGAGCGGAGUGCUCGCCCCCGAGACAGACUCAUGACAUAGCUUCGGCGAGAUUGGAAUAUCAGCAGCUGCAGCGAGGACUAGAGCGCCGUUCGGGACAGAGUGGGACUUCGCCGUCCGAACCGCGGCUCCAUCCGGUCUCCCUGCCCGGAUCGCCGAUUCACGCGGGCGCGUCUCCUCCUCUCGACUUGUCCGGAGAUUAUCAGAGAGACAGGGAUCUAGCAUUGAAGCUCGGGCUGAACCUGAACACCCUGUACUCGCCUCACGUGUCUCAAGAAGUUUUAAAAUCUAUACAGUCGUUUACCAAUUUCGGACGAGCUUCCAGUCCCGGGUCUCCCUUACACCAGAUAACCGAAGGUCUGAGUUAUCUCCACACCGGGUCUAUCACCCGGGGCACUCCUCAGAGCCAAUCUCCCUUAGACCUCCGUAGUAAUGUGGAAAUGGAAACUAACUACCCGCAGUUAUUGAUUCAUCCCCAGAUCCAUAUGGUCGCCCAUAGAUCUUUGAACAACUCCCCCAUAUCGAAUCCUGGAUCCCCGCUCGACAUGAUCCAAGAAGAAAUCGGUAACGGAAACCACGUCGGUGUCGGCGACCAAAUGCAGCGAUAUGCGACGUAUCCGUCGACUCAUCCGCAGAUCAGUUUGACGGAUUGUCUCGGCUCCGAAAUUACUCUCGUAGCUUCGAGUUCCGAAGACAGCGUCGACAGUUUGGAGAAUUCUAAAUACCCGCUGCCGCAAUUUGUCAUCUCGGAACCUUCAGAUUUGGACGACAGACCCUCGAUAACCAAGGGCAUCGGCAGGAAAGUCAGCCAAGAAACGGAAACGGCAGACAAAGACUCGGAGAUGUCGUCUCCUAAAGAAGAUGACAAAUACCUCGAAAGGCCCAGACGCGGCAGCGACAAGUCGCUCGGCUUCAGCGACGAUUCCCUCAGCAACGAUUCGGCCAACGCUUCCCCGAAUUGUGAGCAAAACGUUCAAUCUAUUUACUCGAACAUAGUCUCCAUCAGCUCCGGAUUUAGCGAAAAUCGAGGCAGUUUUUCCGAACACCGGGAAUCGUUUUCGUUCUCCGACCGCGGUAGUUUUUCCGAGCGAGGUGACUUCGGCAGAUCCUCCUUUUCGGAAAAGUCGGAUUUCGGUCGCGGCAGUUUUUCGGAAAAGGGUGAAACGCCUCGCACGUCGUUCUCCGCUCAGGGCGUUUUGGGAGAGGUCAAGGAGUAUUUCGAAGACGUGUGUCUGCCGAAAGAAGAUUUAGACGAGAUACGACGGUCCACUAUGGAUUUGAGGUUGACGGAGAUAUGUCGACCGGAAGAAAGAAUCCCCAUCUUGCUGAGCCCGCAACAGGUUUCGUGCGUUCAGGAGUACUACGAAGUCGCGCUUUCCACGGUUUGCUCCCGACUCGACUCGCACAGGAUAGUGGAAUUACUCAAAGAGGCGAUAAAUAAGACCGUCCCGCCCCAGAACAUCGUCGAAACCGGUAACACCGACGAGCUGACCGGUUUUUUGAACUUGGAGUAUUCGGGAGGUAUUCAGAUCGAGUUGGUAGUGUGCGAGAAUAAAGCGAAAGAGAUAAAGGGCUUGAAAAUGAGAAGAAUUUCAGGAGACCAGAGAGAGUAUGGGAAACUAUGUCAACAAUUGAUCACCAGCUUGACCGUUUAAGUGGUUGUGAAUGGAACUAGGGCACUGAGGUUAUAUGUCUCAAUUCAAACUCCUUUUGACAGCAGUUUUUUAAGGAAAACCCGUUGCCCUAGUUCCGUGUCGUUUUUAUUUUCCAAAAUAAACCGUCCUGCAGAAAUGUGUCAUUUCACGAAGUUACGAAGGUCCUCACAGAAAACAGAUUGAACGAGAGGUCGAGCAUUUAUGCGAACUGUAUUCAUCAUUCCCAUUUUAGAAAGCCAAUUUCAACGUGACGCGGGGGAAUUCCUACAUUUAACUUUUGUUUAUGGCCAUAGAGAAGAAUCGAAGAGCAGAUUUAGGCAUGUAGGAUGUCCUCCAUCAAAUCGAAUAUUCAAUAUUGUAUAUAGAAUUAACUUGUAAAGUUUUAUGUAUAAACUGUUUGUAUAUUGUGUUCUAUUUAUUCCGAUAUCGUGUAAAUAUAGUUUUAAGCCUUUUUUAAACCGAAUUUACCGUUUUGUUGCAUUUCGUUCGCUUUGGUUUUGAUUCACGGCUGGUUCGUGACGUUUCUUCUUUGUUUCUUUCCUUUUCCAAAAAGGUUUUCAUGUGAUAAUAAUUAAGUUAUACGAAAGUGUCUUAAAAUAUCCUUUUUGUCCCAUCAUUGAACAAAACGUAUAGUUUUAAGUUUAGAUCAUAUAUAUCGCCAUAAGUAGUUAGACGUUAAAAUAUUGUAAAUAAUAUUUUAAUAAAUAAUUCCAAUCAUAACUA